CGAGGAGAACGGGAGCGGCUUAUCCGGCGCCAUGAUAACCUGGACUGCUUCACGAAUGAAGUCUUCCUUUUGUAGUUAAUCAGUAAGUUCUCUGAGGGGCGCAUUCAAAAAUAAAUUUAGACCUGCCAAUGUGUACCGCGGCAGUUCCCGCAUUUACCGCAACGUCAGCCUUCCUGGCCGCCUCAGCCUUGCUUCGUGGACAUACCAGGUUCCCAUCUACGAGACUCAAUCAACGACCACCACAAUAGAAUCUUGGGGGCUCAUAGCCCGCUCAAAACUGGAGGAUGAUGUCGUCUAUUAAUGAGGAGGACCCAUUCCUCCAAGUUCAAGCAGAUGUCCUUUCCCAACUAAACACCACCCGACCCCUCUUCGCAUCCUAUCUCCGCAUCCGCUCUCUUUCUCCAAAUCCCAGUAGCCCGGAGGUUACCUCUGCGCGCGCGGAGCUCGAGUCAUCCCUCUCAACUCUAGCCGAAGACCUCGCCGACCUCGUCUCCUCCGUCAAGGCAGUCGAGACCGACCCUCACCGAUAUGGACUCCAAAUCGAGGAAGUGGUGCGGCGCAAACAUCUCGUCGAUGAAGUCGGCAAUGAAGUUGAAGAUAUGCGCGAAGAGCUGUUAAAACACCUGUCUCAAUCGAAGUCGCGUAAUAAACUUCUGCCACCCGGCGUGGAUGAGGAGCAGGCGGUUGGAGACGAUAUGUACGAGGAGUUCGAACAACAGGAGCAGCAGCGCAUUAUGAAUGAUCAGGAUGAACAGCUUGAUGGCGUGUUCCGCACUGUGGGCAAUCUGAGGCAGCAGGCUGAUGAUAUGGGUCGUGAGCUUGAGGAGCAAGCCGAGAUACUGGAACAGGUCGAUUCAGCGGCGGAUCGUGUUGGGGGCAAGCUUCAAACUGGGAUUCAGAAGGUGGGAUGGGUUAUGAGGAACAAUGAGGAGACGAUGAGCAGUUGCUGUAUUGGGGUGCUGAUAGUGGUGCUUAUAAUUUUGUUGAUCCUUCUCUUGGUGCUGUAAUCGGACGCUGUACACUGGGGGAGUCGGCGUUGGAUUGAAGAUUUUAUAUACAUACUGCGGAAUCAGAACAUUGUUUAUUCGUUCAUUUCAUUUAGAUUACUUGGUUGGGAUUAACCGUCUACGUAGACUGUCCUGGCACUGAGCCUGAUUAUAGCUACAAUGGCUCUUUUACUUUGGGCAGACUCUAAUAUCACCAGGCGUCCACAACAGUAAUUGAGUAGCACCCCUAUUGGGGAAGUUUCCUGCAAUGGGCUAUGGUGCAUUGUUGGGCAAUUCGUAGCUCUAUUAUGUUGCCAACAGUAGGUAGGGUUGAAGAAUCCUAUAGUACUUCACCAAGUAUUCAACACAAUGGAAAGCUCUAUGAUGAAAUUUGCU